AAUACAUGGAUGCCUCUCAGCUUCCUCUUCCACAAUUGCCAUCUCUCUCCGAGCUUGAGUCUCGGAUGCAAGUAAUGCGUGUCUCUGCUCUUGAAGAUAACCAAACCGGUGAAACGUUUACUCAACGUGCUGAAUGGUUUUAUCAGAGACGUCCUCUCCUUCUCUCACUCUGUCAAGAUCUCUACGAUGGUUACGCCACUCUCUUGCACCGUUUCAAUCACUCCAAACUACAAAACUCUCUCAUUCCUCAUGACAGUGAUACCGAUACUGACAUCACUUCUGAAAUAGAGAGCCUCUUGUCUUUUCAACAGAUGGAAGUCUCCGCUUGUGAUAAGCAGAAGAUCAUUGAAGAGUUAGUCUCGCAGCUCGUGAGUGCAAACUCGGAGAAAGACAUAGGGAAGCACGAGUUACAACGCAGAGAACAAAAGUUGCAAGAAGCUUCCAAGACAAUUGAGUUGCUAAAGAAGCUUGUGAUGUUGCUUGACAUGGAGAAACAAGUAUCCCUAGAGGAAGCCGCAAAUCUCGGAUACAAACUAACUUCUCUCUUGGAAGAGAACCGAGAGCUCGCUACUGAAGCGCUGUUUAUGAAAAAGGAAGCAGUUAGGCUAGCUAGGUGCAUGCUUAAGAUGAAGGAUGAACAUUUUCACAAGAUGUGUUAUCUUCAGAACCAAAUCUACGAUCUGCAGUCAUCGAGAGAGGCUAUCUACGAAAAUGUAAACCCGCCGAGCUGUUUCAGAUUGGAUAGUAGUAAGAACAAGAGCAAGAAGAGAAAGAUGAGUGAAACAAGAAGUGAACCUGGAGAGAAGAAGAGAUCCAAGUGGUUAAAGAGACUCAAUACCAUCAAUCCUUUUACCAAAUGUUAGCAUUACCCCAUCAUCUUCUUUUUACAAGAGUUACCUUUUACAUUUGUAUUUGUGUAACUCAUUAGAUUAGUAACGCUUCAUGAUGGAUAAUAAUGCCUUGCCUGCGUAUGUUCUAUUUGCCUUGUUAGAACAUAGCAGUGUUUAAC